CCUGUCUGUCCAGGUUGAAUCAUUGAAAAACAUUUCAUUUGUCCCCUGGUGUUUGUGGGUACCAAAUAGAUUCUGCACGUGGAGAGCCUGAACCCAGCUCCGAUUUUAAAUUUUUUAACGCUAUAGUUAAAAAAGAAAAGAAAAUAAAAGGUGGGGUCCGUUUGUUUGCGCGCCUUCAGGCACAAGCGCGGGGCGGGGUGGUACCACUAUCUGUAAUUAUGUCGCUGAAAGCUCCUCCUCCGUUCAUUCUUAAUCCCUCUGGCUCUGUCCACUAAUACUGGGGCUGAAAUUUAUCCACAAGGAUCAAGCAGCCACCGUUAGCAAACGUUACCAGAGCUCCCUGCUGACUUUAUCCGCCACCGGGACAGUGGUUUUGACGCACUUCUGCAGCAGCUUGGUCCGACAGGCCGAGGCAAGUUUUCAGUAGAGCCCGGUGAUCAUCAUGGCCUCAGCCGAUGAAACAGAAGGUGGCCUGACUCCUGUGGACUUUAUACAGCUGCAGCAUUACAUGGAAGAAAGCAGUUUGAGAGUCAGAGAUGUGAUUAAGGAGUUUCAUCCAGGUGGUCGUUAUGCCAAGUACACUACUGGAGAGUGCCUCAGUGUAGAGGGCUUCUGUCUCUUCCUGAAAACCUACUUGGAAGUGGAGGACUUCCCUCCAAACUUCUGCCAAAAGCUAUUUCGUUAUUUUCAACAAGCGGAGAAAGACGGGUCUCCAAAAAGCUCCAUGCCCAAAGAAGGAGGGGUCUUUCUUCGUGACGUAUCCUGUUACUUCUCGGUUCUGGAGGAAGGACAGCCACGGGAAAAGCUUGAGUUUACAUUCAAACUUUAUGACAAAGAUGGAAAUGGACUUUUGGACAGUUCUGAAGUGGACCGUAUAAUUGCACAGAUGAUGCGAGCUGCUGAUUACCUGGGCUGGGACGUGACUGAACUGAGACCAGUUCUCAAAGACAUGAUGAGUGCAAUAGAUGUAGACGACAGUGGGACUGUUACUCUGGAGGAAUGGGUGAAGGGAGGCUUGAACAAUGUACCUUUGCUUGUACUGCUUGGACUGAGGAUGACCGAGAAGGAUGGCCAGCACAUCUGGAGGCUGAAGCAUUUCAACAAACCCACCUACUGCGGCGUGUGUGAGAACAUGCUGCUCGGCCUCGGCAAGCAAGGACUCUACUGCAACUAUUGUGCUUACACUGUCCACAACCAGUGCGCCAACAAAAAUCCUGAACCUUGUGCCCGGACCUUUGUCAAAAACAAACAGGAAAUUGGUAAAGCAACUCAUGACUGGAUCAAAGCUGACUGUAACUCUAGCAAGUGUCAGGUGUGCUUUAAGAAGAUCAAAACUUUAGCGGGGAAGCACUGCGUGUGGUGCCAGGAGACGCGACAUGAUGACUGUGUUGUGCCUGGGGUACCGAAAUGUGACUGUGGCCCACUGAAAGACCAUAUAUUGCCACCAUGGGCCAUCUAUCCUGUCUCAAAGGAGGAGGAUACCAACCUGCUGAAUGUCACUCCUGAUGGCCACAUCCUGCAGAUUGCUCCUAUUUUAGAUACUCAUCCUUUGCUGGUAUUUGUAAAUCCUAAAAGCGGAGGGAAGCAGGGUGAACGAGUUCUCAGGAAGUUUCAUCGCCUGCUGAACCCACGUCAGGUGUACAACUUAACCAAUGGAGGUCCCACUCGAGGGCUACACUUCUUUCGAAAUCUACGUCAGUUCAGGAUCUUGGUGUGUGGGGGAGAUGGCACAGUCGGGUGGCUCCUGGAUGCUAUUGACAAAGCGAACAUCUCAGUGCAUCCUCCAGUUGCUGUGCUGCCCCUUGGAACUGGAAAUGACAUGGCUCGCUGCCUGCGCUGGGGAGGAGGAUACGACGGGUCUGACUUGAGGGAAAUCCUGAAGGAGAUUGAAGGAAGUGAGAGGAUUCCUCUGGAUCGCUGGAGCAUCAGAGUGACUCCAACAAACCCCAAGGAUGUAGGAGACCCUGUCCCAUAUGAAAUCAUGAACAACUAUUUCUCCAUUGGAGUGGAUGCUUCCAUUGCUCAUCGUUUUCACUCCAUGAGAGAGAAACAUCCACAAAAGUUCAACAGUCGAAUGAAGAACAAACUUAUGUAUUUUGAGUUUGCUACUUCUGAGUCCAUCUCAGCCUCUUGCAAGAAUCUGAAGGGAUGUCUCAGUAUUACGUGCUGUGGAAAACCUCUCAACCUGGACAACAUCUCCUUAGAGGGUAUAGCCAUCCUCAACAUACCCAGCAUGCAUGGAGGCUCCAACGUCUGGGGUGAAUCAAAGAAAACUGAUGGUGCUCCAGAAGCUGUGCACAGUGAAGUCAUCACUGACCGAGAACUCCUCAAAACAGCCACACAAGAUAUAAGCGAUAAACGUUUCGAGGUGGUGGGGCUGGAAGGAGUCUUGGAGAUGGGUCAGAUCUACACCGGGCUGAAGAGCGCUGGGCACAGACUGGCACAGACCUCCGAAAUCACCAUCAGCACUACCAAAGCUCUGCCCAUGCAGAUUGAUGGGGAGCCCUGGAUGCAGCCUCCUUGUGAGAUCCGAAUAAUUCACCAGAACCAAGCCAAUAUGCUCAUGGCUGCACCGACCAAACCAUCUGGCUUCUUUCACCUCAAGUAACCACCAGAUCUUCCGCAUCUUCCAGUCUGCAGAGGGUCACAGCUGAGUAUUUAAAGUCUGACACUGAACAUAUGUAACUGUGUGUUUUAUCCUAUGUGUACUUCUCAUUCUGUCCCUGUCAUGGUUUUAACGUACCCGCUUGAACUACUUGAAAAAUAUUUAAACUUUGCUUGUCUCAAAUCCGAAUCGCUGCUUCUGUGUGCCAAUUUAAAUGUAAUGCAACCUGUGUCUGUAAAUGGAACCAGAAAUAUUCUCUACAUCAAUAAGGAAUAUGUGUUCACUAUGUCUAUUUUAUGUUGUGAAAAUGGUUUGUGGUAAAACAUGUUUGCAGUGGUGUAUUGUCAAGUUUCCUCUGUUCUUAAUGUAGCUUGUAGUGAAGCAGCUUUGUCUCGGCAGCUCACACGCUUCUUCAUCUCAACCAUAUGUCAUAAAAGUCGCCGUCAGUGUUUUUCCCUUUUUACAUAAGGAAAUUCAAUAAUUAUGCCAAUGUUUUACGAGGAAUAUGAGACUAACCUGUUUUCAAUGUCUCCAUUUUAUUUUUUAAAGAUUCCAGCUUAUUUAAAUGUUGCUUUAAAAAAAACUCUUGUCAAUGCCAUUCCUCAAUGUUUUAUUUAAGACAAACUAGAUGAGUUGUAUAAGCUUCAUGGAUGUAAACAUUAUUUAACAGUUGUGCUAAUAAGAUUGUGAUGCUCUUUUACAAAGGCAUUCAAUAUUUCUGGUAGUGAAUGUUUGCCAAAAUGUGAGGGAAUUAAGCCAAAAUAUGAUUAUUUUCUGAGUGUUGUAAAUUAUUUGUCAGCUAUCAUUGAAUAUCUGUCAUUUGUAUGUUCCUGGUGUUUAUUCUUCUAUUAAAUGAUGCUUGUGCAACAUUAAAUAAGAAAGAUGUACUAAAGUCA